GUGUAUGUAACAGGGAGAAAGAGUGGAGAAAAGCAACAGGAACAAAAGUUGUGGACCUGAGUGAACAGCUCUGCGGUGCUCACCCGUGAAAUGUUGUAACCAGCUCUCCGUUUGCAACAGACAGCUAGCCGUGUGCUUUGUAGACGACGGUGGCCUCACCUUGCAUUGCGUUGCCAAAAGGCGUCUCUUGAAGCUUUUUUGGCACAUCGCGGAGACUGGAUGCGCUCGGGGACGGUGGUUCUCUUUGGUUAACGUCAGCUAAGUUUUAACGCUAGUUAGUGGGGAAAGACGCCUCGUUUCUCGUAGAAAAUGCCUUAGAUGAAUUAAAUCCACGUAGUUUUAAUACAUUUUACCCUGUUUGUCCAUCCGUACUCGACACGUUUUGGACUUGCUCUGAGGGAACACGUCUCCUGACCCUUGGUGACAGCAGAGGUGCAGGAACAGGGCUGCUGAGAAGCCUGGAAAUUGAUCACUAUUUUACCUGAUCUAGCACUGGAUUAACUGGGCUGCAAUGGCGUCACCCGGAGACGUCGCUGGGGGAGGAGCUAACGAAGAAUUCAACGACAAAAUCAAAUCAAGAUCUGAUGAGCACGACGCAGUGCAGAAGAAAACGUUCACCAAAUGGAUAAAUGCACAAUUCUCCAAGACAGGGAAGACGCCCAUCAAAGACAUGUUCACCGAUUUGAGAGACGGGAGGAAGCUGCUGGACCUUCUGGAGGGUCUCACUGGCAGUGUCCUGAGCAAAGAGCGAGGUUCCACCAGAGUGCACUCUCUGAACAACGUCAACAAAGUACUUCAAGUCCUACAUCAAAACAAUGUGGAUCUGGUAAACAUAGGAGGGACAGAUAUUGUGGAUGGGAACCACAAGCUGACAUUGGGCCUCAUCUGGAGUAUUAUCCUUCAUUGGCAGGUGAAAGACGUCAUGAAGGAUGUUAUGUCCAACCUACAGCAAACCAACAGUGAAAAGCUCUUACUGAGUUGGGUACGACAGUGCACCCGCUCUUACCCGCAAAUCAAUGUGUUGAAUUUCACCACCAGCUGGGUGGAUGGCCUAGCUCUAAACGGCAUACUUCACCACUUCAGGCCAGAUGCUUUUAGCUGGGAUAAGGUGGUCACGAUGAACCCUGUGCAGAGACUGGACCACGCCUUCACUUUCGCCAAAGACCAGCUGGGUAUUGAGAAGCUGCUGGAUCCUGAAGACGUGGCAGUGCAAGUACCAGAUAAGAAGUCCAUCCUCAUGUAUAUAACAUCGCUUUUUGCCGUGCUGCCGAAAGACGUGAGCAUGGAGGCCAUCAAAGAAGUGGAGACCCUCCCACGCAAAUAUAAAGUGGAGUCAGAAGACUCAGGUCCAGGACUCGGUGCCCAGACUGUACAGACAGAGGAGGCAGGCAGCAGUCCCCGGCCCGAGACCCCCAGCACCAUGACUGAGACAGAGGGUGAGAUGAAGGGCGGCCUGCUGGAGGGGGACCUUGACACCUACCAGACUACGCUAGAGGAGGUUCUGACUUGGCUGCUGAUGGCUGAGGAUGAUCUACAGGGUCAGGACGACGUUUCGGACGAUGUGGAAGAAGUCAAAGAGCAGUUUCACACACAUGAGACAUUUAUGAUGAAACUGACAGCGCGUCAGAGCAGUGUGGGUUAUGUGCUACAAGCGGGUAACCAACUGAUUGCUCAAGGCAACCUAACAGAAGAGGAAGAAGAUGAAAUCCGGGAACAGAUGACCCUCCUCAAUGCCCGCUGGGAGGCUCUUAGAGUGGAAAGCAUGGACCGUCAGGCCAGGCUCCAUGAAGUCCUGAUGGAUCUUCAGCAGCAGCAGCUGCAGCAGCUUUCUGACUGGCUGACACAGACGGAGGAGCGAAUCAGGAGAAUAGAGACACAGCCAGCAGCAAAGGACAUGGAGGCCUAUAAAGAACAGAUAGAGCAACACAAAGAACUCCAGAAUGACUUGGAGGCGGAGCAAGUAAAGGUCAAUUCUUUAACACACAUGGUGGUCGUGGUGGAUGAGAAUAGCGGUGAGAGUGCCACUGCUGCCCUGGAGGAGCAAUUACAAAUUUUAAAGGAAGACAUGGAAAAGAAAAGGAGGGCUCUGGACAAGCUGUCUGAUGCAGGACAGGAUGUGAUCCAGCUGCUGCGAAGUCCUGAUGCAGGAGCGAAGAUCGAGGCAGACACAGAGGAGCUGACACAGCGAUGGGACAGCUUGGUGCAGAAGUUAGAAGACUGCUCGUUUCAGCUAAUGGAAGCUGUGACGGAUGCUGGGAUGACUCAGGUGGAAGAACAGGUCGUCGUGGAUACAAUUGCUGUGGAUUCGGUCACUUCAAUUGACGAUCAGGACCUGGCCCCACCUGCUCCCCCAAAGAAACGUCUGGUGGAGACGGAUGCAGAAGUCAUAAGAAUGUUUGAAAACAAAAUUUCUGAGCUUUUGAGCUGGAUAAAAACGUGGAAGAUGUCCACUCAGGCACUGGCCACCACACAUCCUGAGACUACACCUGAUACUCCAGACCUUCAGGAGAAUCUAAAGGAUUUGGAAGCAGAACUUAAAGCAAAAGAAGCCACAGUGAGUCAGAUGAUCCAGGGGGGAAGAGCCCUGAUGGACCAGCUAGAGAGAGAGGCUGUGAGUGUGGAUCUGGUGAGGGCAAACAUAGAGCAGCUCCAGACUGAGUGGGAUGUCUGUGCGAGGGAGCUGCAGGCAGCCCGUGAGCGGGUUCUCACGCAGACCCGGCUGAGAGCGGUUUCUAAUGAACUUGCAGGCUUGGACCGGGUCUUGCAGGAACAGGACCAGUGGCUGGACUCGACCGCGCCUGUAGAAAAGUGCAACAAGAUGGAGCUCGGAAACCUGAGGGGGGAAUGCCAGUCUCAAAUUGCUCAGGUCACCGCCUUCAGUCCACGACUGGAGCAGCUGUCUGCAGAGGCAGGGUCAAUGGGAGCCCUGCCUUCUCUAAAAGACAACAUGGUGGUGGUUUCUGCACAUCAUGCCUCCACCCUGCAGAAGCUGCAGAGCAGAGAAAAGGAAGUCAAUGAAGCCCUGGCUAAUCUGGAAGCCACACAGCUGGUACAGUCUGUGGUGGAGGGUCUAGAAGCCAGACUGGCCACUCUGAGGAACGGGAUGGUUGACAUGCCUACAACACAAGAGGCAGUGGAGCGGGCACAGGUCCUGUGUCUGGAUAUUGAGCAAACACAGCAAGCCUCUGACCCUGCAGAACUACAAAAAUGGAGUCAGCUGUCCUCCCGGGCCCGUGAGGAGCUUGGCACUUUGCAGUGCAUUCUGGGUAGCAUGAAGGACAAUCAGGUUCGUUUGGAGCAAGUGGAACGUUGGCUAGAUGCAGUUCAGGAGCUGUUGUCUCGGGAUGCCACAGGGAUGGGUGACACAGAGAGUCUAAGGGAAGAACUGAAUCAGUGCAAGGAGCAUGUGAAUGAGAUGGAGCAGGUGGAAGGUUCACUGAAGCAGAUGGGAGAGAAUGUGAAUUCGGUGCAGGCAGCUGCAGUACCAGGGCUGGCCAGGUGGGGGCAGGACAAAUUGGAUGAGUGCCAGGCUCGGUGGACUUCUCUCAGCAAACAGUUGCUGAGCCAUCAGGAGCGCGUGGCAGAGAGUCAGGAGAAGCAUGUGAAUUUGAGGAAAGACCUGGCAGAGAUGCAGGAGUGGAUGGCCCAAGUUGACGAGGAGUUUCUCAUGAGGGAUUUUGAAUACAAAAGUCCAGAGGAGUUGGAGGCAUCGCUGGAAGAGAUGAAGCGGGCUAAAGAGGAUGUGGUACAGAAAGAGGUGAAAGUGAAGAUCCUGAAAGACAGCAUCAACUUGCUGGUGUCCCGAACAUCACCCACAGGUGGAGUCGGCAGGCAAGAACUGACCUCAGAGCUAGAGGGGGUACUGGCCAACUACCACAAGCUCUGUGACCGCCUCAAGAGCAAGUGUCACACCCUGGAGGAGGUUUGGUCCUGUUGGAUGGAGCUGCUUCAAUACCUGGACAUGGAGCAGAGCUGGCUCAGCACUCUGGAGGAGAAGCUCCAAGCUACUGAAAACCUGCCAGAGAGCACCGAGGCCGUUAAUGAAGCCUUGGAGUCUUUGGAGGGCGUGCUCCGCCACCCUGGGGACAACCGGACACAAAUCAGAGAGCUGGGUCAGACGCUGAUAGACGGGGGCAUACUUGAUGAGCUCAUUAGUGAAAAACUAGAGGCCUUUAAUUCCCGCUACGAGCAACUGAACCACCAGGCAGUGAACCGGCAGAUCAGCCUCGAGCAGCAGCUGCAGACCCUGAAAGAAAACGAACAGGCGCUCCAAGCGCUGCAGGAGUCUCUGAGCCAGCUGGACCACACGCUCACCUCCUACCUCACUGAUCGCAUAGACGCCUUCCAGCUUCCACAGGAAGCACAGACUAUUGGAGCAGAGAUCGCAGCUCACGAGGUGACAGUGGAAGAGAUGAGGAGAAGAAAUGUGGCCAACUUGCCUCCUAACACCGCUGAUGCCAAAGCUGGCCGUGGUGGGACAAUGCUGGAUCACCUACAGAGGAAACUGAGGGAGAUCUCCACAAAAUAUCAGCUUUUCCAGAAGCCUGCUAACUUUGAGCAGCGCAUGCUGGACUGUAAGAGGGUCCUGGAUGGUGCUAAAGCUGAGCUUCACAUCCUGGAUGUUAAAGAUGUGGAACCGGAAAAAAUUCAGUCUCAUCUUGCUGGUUGUCUGAAAUUGUACAAGUUGCUUAGUGAGGUGAAGCUGGAGGUGGAGACGGUGAUAAAAACAGGCCGCCAGAUUGUGCAGAAACAGCAGACGGAGAACCCCAAGGCCAUGGACGAGCAGCUUACUGCUCUUAAAUUGCUCUACAAUGAACUCGGGGCGCAGGUAACAGAGGGCAAACAGGACCUGGAAAAAGCUUUGUCUCUAUCCCAAAAGUUCCAGAAGGAAAGUGCUGUCCUGCAGGACUGGCUGAACACAAACGAGGCCGAGCUCCAGCAGAAAAAUGGCUGCGGAGACAUGCCAGCUGACAUUGACGCUGAGAUUGCAUGGGCUAAUGGUCUGCUGAAGGAGUCGGAGCGUCGGAAGGCGGAGCUAUCUGGCCUGACGGAGAUCGGCGCUGGUUUGCAGACUCUGGUGGAGGGAAGUGACGCUCAGCUGGAGGACAAACUCUGUGGUCUUAAUGAAGCCUGGGAACGUGUUCACACUUUGACUGAGGACUGGCUCAGCACUGUUCUUAGUCACCAGAAUGAGGUGGAAAUUUUGGAUGAAAACUUGGCUCACAUCAGCACCUGGCUCUACCAGACCCAGAUCCACUUGGAUGAGGCUGAACGGCUGGCUCCAGCAGAAAGAGAAAAAGUAAUAAAGAGCAUGCUGGAGGAGCUGGAGGAUAUCGGUCUGCGCGUGGACAACGUCAGGGAUCAAGCUGUCAUCCUGAUGACCAGCAGGGGGCCCGCAUGUCGAGAUGUGGUGGAGCCCAAACUGGCUGAGCUUAACUGCAACUUUGACAAAGUCUCCCAGCACAUAAAAACAGCCAAGAUGUUGACGAGUCUGGAGUCAGGCAGUGCUGAGGUGAACCAGCAGGUCAUUCACAGUCAGGAGAUGCAAGUUGAAAGUCGGAGUCAGAGUCACCCUGACCAGGCUGCAGUCCCAGGUGAAGUAAAGAACCUUCAGGCAGAGCUCCAGGACACACUGAAGGCUCUGCAGCAGCAUCAGCAUGACCCAGUAAACACUUUGGAUGAUGAUAAGAUGGAUGAGGAAAAAGCCAGUGUGGAGGACUUGCUGAGAAGAGGAGAAGAACUGCUGCAGCAAACUUCAGACGAGGGCCAGAGGGAGGAGCUGAGACUUCUGUUGCUCCGGCUGCAAAGUCAAUACUCUGCUCACAGGGAGCUUAAGGUGCUGCAAAUCAGGCGAGCCGAAGUCUCCGUGCAAACGUCGUCUUCUCACACCUUCAGAGAGGAGACAGCUGAGUUUACAGCUGAGGAGAUGUCUGCAGUGGGGCGUAGCAGUGCUCCUUCACUGACUCCAUCUGACUACCUUUUAGACAUCAAUAAAGUUCUUCUCGCCAUGGCUGACAACGAGUUGCUGCUGAACUCCUCUGAGCUCAGCGGGGGCCUUUAUGAAGACUUUUCUAGCCAGGAAGACACACUGAAAAAUAUCAAAGACAAUCUGGACCGUCUGAGCGAGCAGGUCACAGGGAUCCACGAGCGCCAGCCUGACGCCAUCCGGGACGCUUCGCCUGCUGAGGUGGCGCAAAUGGCAGACGCCCUGACACAGCUCAAUGCCGAGUGGGACCGCCUCAACCGCAUGUACAACCAGAGGAAAGGGAGUUUCGACCGUGCUGUAGAGGAGUGGGGGCAGUUUCACUGUGACUUGAAAGACAUCAGUCAGUGGCUGACUGACACAGAAAACCUGCUGUCUGAGAGCGUUAGCCCUGAUGGACAGCUGGACCUGGAAUCUGCACGACAAUACCAAGAGGAGUUGGAAGAAGGCAUUGCUAGUCAUAAGCCCGUCCUGGUUGGACUCAGCCACACUGGAGAGCAGAUAAUUGGCAAGCUCUCCUCUCCUGAUGGGCCCCUGCUUGAAGAGAAGCUGGAAACUCUGGGUCGACGUUGGAGAGCGGUAAACCGCCAAGUCCUAGACAGACAGCGGAGGUUGGCUGGAGGGGAUCCGGCCCUGUCAGAGCUGGUGAGGAGGCGCGAGGAGCUCGCUGUGUGGCUCGAGCAGGCAGAAAAUGCUGUUGGCUCCCUGCCUGUCACUGCCACUGACAGAAAUCUCAAAGAACUGAAGGCCUUUGCUGAGGAAAUGGAUUUACAGAAUGAGCGUCUUGGCUGGCUUAACAAGCACGCUCCUCAGAUCCUGUCCAGUCCCAGUAUUAGCCCGCAGAACAGAGAACAGCAUGUUGCCAAACUCAGAGGCAUAAACCUCAACUGGAGCAAGGUGACCAAUGAGCUGUUGGACAAAGUGGGUGAAGUGGAGGCCAACCUGCAAAGUCACGCCCAGUUUCAAGACAGGAUGAACAGACUGACUGACUGGGCCGUCAUCACGCACCAGACGGUCACGACCCGCGGCCUGAAUCCUGGCCAGGCACUGGAUCUGGAGGCUUCCAUGAAGGACAGAAAGAAGGAGCUGGAGGACCUGUUAGCUCAUUCAAUAGAGCUGCAGAGACGACAGCAGCUGUUGCCUCAAGAAAAGGCUAAGGUUGAGCAGCUGGCAGCUGACUGGAAAGCGUUGGAUGGCCGGCUGAGGGAAUCUCUUGAGCCACCUCUGUCUCCAUGGACACAUCACCAACAUGUAGUCCAACACCAGCAGCUGGCCGUGCAGAUGGCCAGCUUGGUGAGCGAGGACCCACACCACCAAACCCCGCACACACCGGACACCGUGGCGCCCACUGAUCUUAACGAGACUGCCACUGAGCUUGCAGACUGGCUAGUCCUCAUCACCCAGAUGCUCAAGUCUAAUAUUGUCACCGUGGGGGACACGCAGGAGAUCAGGACCACUAUGGGACGUCUUCAGGUGACAAAGAAUGACCUGGAGCAGCGUCACCCUCAGCUAGAGGACAUUUUCACACUGGCGCAGAACAUCAAAAACAAAACCUCCAACCUUGAUGUUCGCACAUCCAUUACUGAGAAAUUGGAGAAGGUGCGCAGCCAGUGGGACAGCACUCAGCAUGGUGUCGAGGCUCGGCUCCAGCAGCUGGAUAAUAUGAUUGGUCACAGCAACCAGUGGGAGGAGCAGAGGAAGGAGGUGAUGGGCCUUAUUGGGCACCACGAAGGACGUUUCCAUAACCUUCUUCAACGUCAGUCCAGAGAUCCCCUGACUGAACAGCUUAAAGACAAUAAGACUCGCAGUCCAGUGUCACGAAUAUCAAAGCGCUGCAUUGUUUUACAGGAGUUUCUCCAAGCUCUGGGCCGAGGCCAAGCUACAGUCGCAGCCUUCAACGAGUUGUCCAAUCACCUUUUACGAGAGUAUUCUACCGAUGACACCAGGAGGAUCAAAGAGGUCGCAGAUAAACACAAUGCUGCCUGGAACAGCCUCAACAAUAGGGCCAAUGACCGUCACACGCAGCUGGACAGUGACCUGAAGGGUGUGCAAGUGUCUCUCAGGGAGCUCGAGUCCUUCCUCAAAUGGCUCCAGGAGGCUGAGACUACGGUCAACGUUCUCGCUGAUGCCUCCCAGAGGGAAGAUGUGUCGCAGGACUCCGCCCACGCGAAGGAGCUGAGGCGACAACUGGAGGUGUACAGCAGAGUGUAUCAAGCACUCGACUACCAUGACACGGACGACUGUGAACCGACACAGACUUCUUGGCACUCACGUCACACAUUCGAGCUGCGAUACUACAGUUCUUACUUAAAGACUCCUUUUUGA